GAGAGUACAAUUUUCCCAGCUGGAAAACUACAUGAAGUCAAUAUAAAGUUCAGAAUUAGGAAAGAAGACAAGCUCAUUGGGGAAAGGGGGUGAAUGCGGUGUAUAUGUGAGGAUCAAUACAGCAGAAGAGAAGAAAGGAAAUCUUGCUGAAAAGCCUGGCUGAUUCAGGGACAAAUCCAAAGGAGAUCUAAAAAGGAAAAAAAGAAAAGAUUAAAACCAGGAGGCGAGGGAGUUGGGAACUACGAAUAGGAGUGCAACAAAGACAAGAUUUGAAAGAACUGAAACUCAACUGUCAGGAUGUCAGUGUCUCGGAGGUGUUUGUGCUGUGUCAAAUAUUUGAUGUUUGUCUUUAACCUCAUCUUCUGGCUAGGAGGAUGCGGUUUGUUUGGUGUUGGAGUGUGGCUGUCCUUCACACAGGCAGAGAUUUCCUCUCUUCCCCUGUCGUUCCCAUCCCUCUCAGCUGCCAAUCUUCUGCUAGUUGCUGGUGGAAUUACCAUGGUAACUGGCUUCCUGGGUUGUCUUGGAGCCCUUAAGGAGCAGCGCUGCCUAUUGUUCAUGUUCUUUGUGAUCCUUUUGCUCCUGGUACUGACAGAAGUGACUCUAGUUUUGGUUAUACACAUCUUCCAUGAUGAGCUGGAUUCCAAAGCACAAGAAGAAUUAAAGGAAGGAAUUAAUAAUAUUUACAAAUCUGAACCUGCACUGAAACAAUCCUGGGACAAUGUCCAGAAAAUGUUCAAAUGCUGCGGAGUAACAAACAAAACCGACUGGUAUGAUGUGCUGAAUGGAACACUUCCCUCAUCUUGCUGCUCUGUUGAAACAGACCAAUGUGUUGAUGGCUGGAGUGAGCCAUGUUACCAGAAGGCCAGGCAGUGGCUGCUAGAUAACAUCCCCUCAGUUCUGGUGUUUGGUGUGUGUAUCGGUGUUGUGCAGAUCUUGGCCCUGGUGUUCUCCAUGCUGAUGUACUGUCAAAUUCUGUGUGCUGAGAAAUACCUGGACUGACUGCAGACCAGCUGUUAACUGGCCCUACAUGUGAAGGCUCAACAUGAACUGCUCUGAGACUGCAAAACCAGAUUCUGGUGCUCUAGUGCUUACUUUGGGUUCAGACUUUAAAUGGGUGUCUUUCAAAUGUCUUGAUGCAUUAAGUUACCCAAUUCCCCUUAAUAUUCUCCAAAAAUCUCUUGCCAUAGUUUGACCCACACACACUCACUCAAAUUCUUCAUGUGGGGGCCAAUAGAGCCAACACAGCCACAUACAAAAUAUGCACAACUGCAUCAACACCAACAAGACAGCUUUUUUAGAUCUUUACUUUCUAUAACCAAACCACACAUGCACACAUUUGUGCACUAUUGGAGCUUCCUUUAGUCACUCAGCAACCAGAUUGCAUACACUCACCACAUGGCAAAAACAACCAUAUACAUGUACUAAUAUAUAAUAUACUAUGUGUUAUGUGUGUUAUGUGUUUCCAAAUAAUAUUACCUAAAGGAAGCAUGAGGUGAAUAGGUAAACCUUGAGGAGCAUCAUGCACCAGAAUAACUUUUGUGUGCAUGGAGGAUUCAUCAUUAACAUGAUGUACCAGUACCAGUGCUGUCUCUGUACUAUGAUGAGCUCCAAAUCCAGACUUAAAAUCCUCAAAUAAACUAUUACUAUGUAGAAAGUCAUACAACUGAUCGACAACUGCUUUCUCAAGGAUCUUAGAGAGAAAGGGGAUGUUAGACAUAGGUUGAACAAAACACCUGAAGUAAGAUUAGGCUUUUUAAGAAGUGGUUUAAUUGGAGCUAUUUUAAAGGACUGUGGUACAUAUGCUGUUACUAAAGACAGAUUGAUCAUAUAGAAGUGCUAACUGAGGGAAAGACUUCCUUAAGCAGCCUAGUCGGAAAAGGAUCUGAGAGACAGGAUGAUGGUUUAGAUGAAGUAAAAAAGGAACGUAAGGCUGUUUUUAUUCUAAGGCAUCUAGGCAGCUCUGGCAUCACAGAGGGUCUUCUUAUAUGUUUUAAGACUAUCUUGCUUGACUAAGUGAAAUUCUUCCAGUUUUGUGGAACACUAUAUCCUUCCAAGUUUCCACAAUUGCUUUAACGUGUGGGUUGGAGAGAGCUAACCUCUUUUAUUUAAUUAUCUUCUUUUUUUAAAGGAGCAAUGGAGUCGAGAGUCAUUAACAGUGAGCCUGCAGCACUAUCACUAUGAACAGUUUGGGAGGGACUAAAAUCAGAAUAAGAGUCCUCUGUUGUAUUGAGACAUGCUGUUGAAUUCAGUGCUGAUGGAGAUUCCUUAAAACAGCACUCUCAGAUAGACAUCUAGUGAAGACAUUUUUGUCAAAUGGCAUGUAGUCCAGUAAAAAGAAUUCAACAGUUAUUAAGUAAAGGUCUCUGAAAAAAUAGGAUUUUGUGGAAAAACUAUUAAAUGUCCAAUUGUGAUACUAUAUGCCAAAACAAGGUCAAGGGUUUGGUUAAGACAGUGACUGGGUUUAUUUUCACUCUGAGAGAAGCCAAUAGAGUCUAAUGAUGACAUAAACAGUGCUAAGGCUAUCAUUAAUGAUGUCUAAGUCAAUAUCAAAUUUGCCUACUAUAAUUACUUUAUCAGCACUGAGGACUAAGUUUAAUAAAAACUCUGAGAAGUCAGAUAAGAAUCAGAGCAGGACAGUACAGUAUAACAAACAGAACUGGCCUUCUCCAGGUGGUGUGUGAAACACUAGGAACAAGGCUUUCAAAUGAGUUAAAAAUAAGUUUAGGUCUGGGGUUGAUUAUUGGGUUUGAGUUGAAAAUGGCUGCAACUCCACUUUCUCGACUGGUGUCUCAAGGAAUGUGAGUAUUAAUAUGACUGGGGAUUCAUUUAGACAUGACACAACCAGGUUUCAGUAGGACAAAAUAAAUCAAUAUGAUAGUCCACAUUUAUCCUAUUUUGCUGUAGUCUACUAUUGCAGAAGUGGUAUUCAUUUUUAUUAGACAUGUAUGUGUAACUCUACUCUGUUUAUUGCUGUUGUGUUUUUGGGUGAGAACCACAUCAGCUACAGGAGGCCGGCUAACUACAUUAGCUAACUAUUAGGUUUCUGUGGUAUGGAACUUUGCCGUGCCUCCAACACUGCAAAUAAACUAUAUUUAUUACAUGUAUCACUAUCCAUAAAGGAGGCAGAGGAAUAGCUGAACAUAUGACACACCGAGCAAGAGAGAGCAAGAUAAUGAAAGGAAGAGAAAGAAGAGUACAGUAACAGGAAAAUGAUGAGUACAUCUGACACAAAAUAAAUGUGUCAAAUGUUUUAUCUGACUGGAGAUCAUUGUCCAUUUAAUACAUUUUCCAAAUGAUAAAAUCAUUUGUUUUUAAUAACAUAGAAUUCUGUAUCAUAUUAAGUGACCACAUCUAGUGUAGAUAACAAAGUUAUUGAGUUGGUAAAUAUGUAUAUAAUGUUUUUUUCAACACAAAAGUAUGUGACUAAACUACAUUAUUUUGUGUACUAUUAACCAUUAUAUACUAAAGUCUUAUUGUCAAUUUAAUAUUUAAGUUAUCAGUGCUAUCAAGUUAUCAAUGUUCUGGCCAGUAUAUUGGUAUAAAUAACUCAAAUCUUUAAAAUAAGUUUAAAACACAUUUGUAAUUGUACAUUAGGACUAUAUAUUUUAUGUUGUUUAAACAUAUUUAUUUCCUUUUAACAAAACGUAUCUCAUUGUGUGCACUAAGCAUACAUUUUUUGUUUGAAAAAUGAAUUACUCUUUUUCUAUAUACAAAUAUAUUGCGUCAAAAAAUCAUAUCAUGCUAAAUGUAUUUUAAAAAAGCACAACACACAUUUUUGUUGUUUUCUGCCAUAUUUACCCAUAUUAUGUUAAACACAAACUGUCCAAUUAUAUUGACAAUUUACAAUGACAUUUGAACUAUUGACUUCCUGCUUUAUAUAUCACAAACAAAUGUUUUUAUUUUUACACCACUACUGUUGAUGUGUGAUGUUUGGAACCUAAAAUCUAUUUCAUUAAGUGUGCAAACUGCUAUUAUGUCAAUACAAGUACACCUAUUGAGGUGAAUAUAUUCCAUAGUUGAUGUGAACCAACAGAUUAUAUUUGGUCGCCUUCACCAAUCUUCUUCAAAUUUACCUACCAAAAGUAUUUAUGUUUACACUACAAGAAAUUCACUCAUCUAAAAGAACAAAAAAUCUCAAAUACAUUUUGCAAACGGUUUCACCUUUCUAGAAAAUAUGACCAAAAAUGUACGAAUGUAACUUUGAUUGAAUACUCUGAGUGAGUUAUGGACAUGUCAUCUGUUUUCUUUUUUUCAGAAAUCUAUCACAGAAUAAAAAAUAUUUUAA